AUGGGCGCGCAGAAGGUCGUAGUGAAGCACGGCUGUCAGGAGGCACCAGCUGUGCACUGCCUUCCCUGCCGCAUCGAAUUCUCCGGCGUCGCCGACGUGGCCACGUACUUCCAGCCGCGAGAGGUCCAGCCAGAAGGGGCCCAGGAGGGGUCGCCAGCAGAGCCGAAACUCGAGGCCGCGUUUCGCGGCCGCAGGCUGCUGGGCGCGCGCCUCGCGGUGCCCGACGGAUACCAGGGCGUCAUCCUCCACGAGAAAAAAGAUGUGGACGGCUCCACGGCGCUGGAGGUGCGCAGGGAGUUCAGCGAGCUGACCUACUGGAAUCACGACGCCGCGCCGCAACGGUCGGACCAGCUGCCGCGGGCGUUCGAGUGGCUGCACGUCGCGCGCGCCGUCGCGUCGCCGGUCGCCUCGGAGGACUUCGAGAGCGCGCUCGCCGCGGUCGAGGGCCGCACAGAAGGCCCCCCCCCCGCCAACAGCUGA